AUGUAUGGAAAGGGUGUUUACUUUGCAUCAGCUGCUUGCAAGAGCCAUCAGUACACCUGCUUGAACCCAGAACAUACCUGGGCCUGCACCUGCAAGGUAGAAAGGACUUUGAUCAUUGCAAGGGUCGCACUUGGCGAUGCCUACCACACCACGAAGACCAUGUGGAAAGAGCAGCGGCCACCACAGAAAGAUAAAUUCGGGGCUGUUUACGACUCUGUCGUUGUGAAUCCUGGCUACAUCAAAGGGCAUGGCAAAGAACGACAAAUCCAUCAAGAGUUUGUGAUUUUCGACAAGGAACAGGCAUAUCCAGCCUAUGUGAUCCAAUACGAAGCCGCGCAUGGCCAGCAACCCAGAGCCCGUUCGAAGCGGCGUGAGGUGAGUUUGACGAAGCAGGAGGCCUUGGCGCCACUGACCGUGUGGGUGGCGUUCACGGUGCCGCGCACGGUGUCGUUGGUGCUGCCAGGCGACCGAGCUGCGACGGCUGCGCUGAAGAAGGACUUGCUCGGGGCGGUGGCCUCUGGAGCGCAGGAGGAGAUCUUUCGAAAAGCCAAAGAGCUGGAAGAUCUGGGACUCACCGAGUCCCCAGUGGCUGGCAGAUGGUCCUUGGUCUACUCCACGCAGACUGCUGCUGAUGUGAAGCAGGAGGAGUCCAUCUUCAGCACCCUGACGGCGGCCUUGUAUCGACUCUUCUUUCGCUUUGCACCCUUUUUGGCCGGUGGCCAGGACAAGCCCAAGGUCGAAGUUCUUGGCCCCUUCAGCCUUUCCAUCGGCAACGAGCAGCUGGUGGAUUUCGCCUCAAAGCGCGUGGACAACCGUGUGGCGCUACGUCUGGGAACCUCAGGGCCCAAGGUCAACGUCCGCGUGAAGGGCGACUUGGCGGGAGAGGAUCCCAGAGAUUUGGAGGUUACCUUCACCAGCUUCGUGGUGGAGUUGCCCAACCUGCCCAUGGUGGAGCUGCCACUGCCCAGGCCCAGGGGCCGGCUCCGCACCAGCUUCUGUGAUCGCGAGCUGCGGCUCUCGCGAGGCGGCCGCGGUGGGCUUUUCGUCCUCAAGCGCCUGGCACCAUGA